UCAGAUCUCCAGGCUCAAAGCGUCAGUCCACCAGCUGAACUCUCAGUCAGACUGGUGGAUGGGACCACUUCCUGUUCUGGGACAGUGGAACUCUUCUACAGAGGAGAAUGGUUGGGUCUAUGUACUGUGGGGUGGAGCAUGAUGGAGGUUAAGGUUGUGUGUAGAGAGAUGGACUGUGGGAAUCCUGUAGCUGAAUCUAGAGGACCUCUGGACGAAGAUGGAAGAAGAGGAGUCAUACUAAUUAGAUGUAGUGGAGAUGAGUCUUCAAUUAGACAGUGUGACAUCAGAGGAAGACCUGGUGACUGUAUUGGUAGAUAUUAUCAUCAUGUGACCUGUUCAGAGUCUGUGCGGCUUGUGGAUGGAGCUGGUCUCUGCUCUGGGAGAGUGGAGGUGAAGUCCAAUCAGUCCUGGGCCUCAGUGUGUGAAGCUGACUUUGACCGGCAGGAUGCAGAGGUAGUCUGUGGGGAGCUUGGCUGUGGGGCUCCUGCAGCUCUACAGGGGGGGCUCUAUGGAGAAGGUGAGGGUCAGACCUGGGAUAAAGAGUUCCAGUGUAAAGGCAAUGAGUCCCUUCUCCUGGACUGUGACACCUCAGACAGAGAAAACAACACCUGUCUACCUGGUAAUGCUGUUGGACUCACCUGCUCAGAGCCUGAUGAUGUGAGGCUGGUGGGAGGAGGCAGUCGCUGUGCUGGUGGAGUGGAGCGGUACGACCAGGGAGAGUGGAGGACUGUGGGAGCUGAAGACUGGAACCAGGAGGAUGUAGCUGAAGUAGUGUGUAGACAGAUGGGUUGUGGCUCCACUGUUUCAGAACUACCAAGAAACACCACUAGAGGAUGUCCUGCUUAA